GGGUGGUCGGUAUGUGUCUUAUCAGCGCUCUUUAGCUUCACGAGUCUGUUCAGGGCCUUCCACCUACCCGUCCACCCCUAUUGCACUCGACUUUCAGUCCAUUGUGCUGCUUGAGCACUGAGCCGAAUAGGUAGCUGUAUUGAAAAUGAAAGUUUCUCAUUGCAACGCGGCCUCUGACGCAAAGAUAAUAACAGGUAGAAGCGCAGAUAAACCGUUCCCAUUAGCCGAACAGGGAGGUGAGCGCAUGUGCUUCCAUGAAGCAGACGGAUGGUAUGCAUACACCAGUAAGCGACCCUGGGCGCAUCUGGCGUGUAACGGGACAACGUCUCCACGGGAUCCGCUGUAAAAUGUUGUCGUCAAGAUCGAGAGCAUGGCUGUCAGUGGCAAAGCGUUCGUUUUCAGGUCGUGCCUGGAAGAAUGUGUCAGUCAUCGUCGCUUGGCUCGUCAUAAUGAUGCUUUUCGUUUCUUGGCCUCAAAACGGGUUUAAUAUCAAAGGUCCAAAGUGGGUAUUCAACGUCCAUCCCGCCCAGUGUCAGCGCGCACGAAACAUCGUCUACCUGAAGACCCACAAGUGCGGUAGCUCCACCAUGUUGAACAUUCUCCUGCGUAACGGCAUCGCCAACCAACUUAAUUUUGUCUUACCUAAGGAUGGCACCAACUACAUAGGUCAUCCGAAACUGUUCACGCAGUCGCUCAUCAUUGACAUGCGAGAUUACAAUCAAACAAACAACGUCAUCGCCCACCACACGCGCUUCAGCAAAGAGGCCAUCAUGGAAGUGAUGCCCAGGGAUUCCUUCUAUAUCACCACACUUCGUAGACCCGAACAGGUCUUCGAAUCAAUGUUCUCUUACUACAACCUUGAGCGAUACUUCAGGAAGAACGUCACUGCAUUUGUCAAUGAUAGUAACCUAACGGGUAUUCUGAGGAAAAAAAGGGCGCGAGAUGGCAAGGUGGGAUUCAACCAGAUGUCUUUCGAUCUUGGACUCGCGCCAGAGCAAUUCGAUAACGCGACCGCUGUUGAUGAGUUCAUUAACUUCAUCGACAGGACGUUCCAUCUUGUGAUGAUUGUUGACCGUUUCGACGAAUCGAUCGUCCUUUUCAAGAAUUUAUUGUGCUGGAGAACUGAAGAUGUGGUAGCCUUUAAAGUGAACGCGCGGAAAAGUACUUUUAGAGUUCCCAUGGCACCGGCAGUCGUGGAGACUCUUAGGGCAUUGAACAGCGCUGACACGAAGCUCUACGAACACUUCGUUGGUAUCUUCCAAGAAAAAGUAAGAGCGUUUGGUGAAUCCAGGAUGGAUCAAGAGGUGAAUGCACUGAGGAGAUUGAGACAGAACUACUACGACCGCUGUGUUGAACGUGAGGACAUAUCUAAGAAACUUACCCGUGAUGAGUGGAGUUAUCAGGUGUUGGGCUUCAAACUUAAGGAACAAAGCGAGAAGUGUCGUCAGAUGACAAUGACAGAGUUGCAGUUUCACAAGGUGCUACAACGGAGACAACGUGAUCUCGUUCUUAAUGUGCCAAACAAAGUGUGAUGCUCCACGGGCAUGUGUUCACAGAGCAGUGCUGUGCCGUGCUAUGCAGUGUGUGUGUGUGUGUGUGUGUAUGUGAUCUGCAGGUGGUGCGAACGACGGAAUAACCGCUUGGAACCGAAAAUGCUUUGGGAGCGCGUGAUUUUACACUUGCAUUGGAGAGUUUUAAGUAUGUGCAUCGGAAUAA